AUGGGUGGCGAGGACUCCGAACACGCACUUGCCAAUCACGUGGAUGCACAUUGCGACUACAAUAACCUCAAUUCACAUUUUGCCCGGCGCAUCGUCGGCGAGCUGGAUGCUUUGUUAAAUGAGCACAAUGAAUUGUUGAAAUUAUUAAAAUCCCACAUGCCCAAGCUACAAAGUGACAAUCACGCUAUUGUCAUCAAUCCUGAUAGAACACCAGCUGGAGAGCUUAUACGUAGAUUCAACACAACUGUUGUUGACUACGUUGCUGUAAUCAUGGUUGGCGACCGUACGGCUACGCGACAUAUUGAAUCUAAGCUGCUCGACCAGAGGAAAUUUGAUCUGUUCCAAAACAAUAAUCUAUAUGAAUCUGCUCCACCAUCUGCGUCAAUAGUAAGUCCAAAAAGAGAUCUACCAAGUAUCAAUCCACCAUACUCCGCUCCUUUGUUGGCUGAAACCUACCAUGAUAUUGUUUCCGUUGAGAAUUUGAUCAGAGAAGAAAAUGUAUCAUGUAAAACACACCAAAACUACACCGAAAUUAGAAAGUCUCUUGAAAGUCCACAUUCAGAAAUAAGCGGUAUCGAAGAAUUGAGUUCUUCUCCUGUUCGAGUGUUUUCUGAUUCGAGCGUUUCAUGGUUUCCAGAUAGUGAAGAGGAUAGAUGUUUCAAAAAGAAAAGACGAGUGUAUGUUGCCAAAUCUUCCCGUGAGAGCGAUAGUGAAGAAAGUACAUUUAUUGCGUCGCGCUCGAAGACAGCAGAUAGUCGGGGGCUUUUUAAUGAAUGUUUUCAGGAUAUAAACAUUAACAAUGACUUUCAAUCAAGAAAUAAACAAUAUGCCGUGCCUCAACAAUCUACUUUACCAUCUUCCAACUCUGAUUCAUCUGGUAAUGUCACUGUAGACAAUCAAGAAUGA